AUUGGAGCCACGGUCAAAGGUCGCGCCUCGGCGAUACGCGAUGGGUUCCGUGCUCGGCAAGCUGCGGCGGCCAAGGCGGCUUCAAUCCACCGCGACUCCUGUCGCGGAGGUCACCACAACUGCCGUAACACCGAUGGACAUGCUUGGGCCAUCGACGCACCACCCAGACGGCUCGGUUUUGGAUGUGUCGAGUGUGACGAGUACGGACAUUGUGCACCCACUGCCACGACACAACAAGACGGCGAAACAGAUCCUGAAGUCAGUCAUAUCUCCCAGUACACAAAACCUGCUGGCCGAUGGCACAACUGCGGAAGAUUUGCUCACGGGCAACAAAACCAGCCAAGCGUUCUUGAACUACAUUCGACACACAGAAGGGGGAAUGAGCCGACAAAACAGCGUGAUAGAAAAUGCCCUCGUCUUCUGGAUGACAGUGCGAGACUUGGACUUCGUUCCCGAAGGCAUGUUUCGAACCUUUGUCAUUGCCGGUGCGUACGAGAGCUACAUCCAACCACACGCAAAGCGCGAGGUUCCUGUCGUAAGUAACGUCGAGCGCGCGCAGCUCAAGAUGUAUGUGGAUGAAGUGCAAAUGGACCAAGCGACCACGUUGCUGCAGCAGAUUUCCAUGGAUGCACUGGAGCUCGUUCGCGAGUCGUUUGCGGCGUUUUUAAGAGACCGUGGACCGUAUGGGUUCCGCGAGACAAGGCUGAACAAUGGAACGCUGCCCAACUUCCCCUAUGAAACCCAAGGCGAGCAGCGCGAGAUCCUCGAAGAUUUGCUCGAGCACCCGAGCAGUUGCCGUGCCUUUCGCGAGUACUUUCAGCGCAUUGGCGGGUGUCCCGAAUUUAUGUUUCUUGUCGACGUGUUGGACUACAAAGACACGGUCCAAGCACUGCAUCACGAAAACAUGACCCCCGAGAAGCAGCAGCUGCAUGUGGGCUACACAAUGCGAAAAUUGCGCAAGAUCUACAACAAGUACCUCAAGCACGGGUCCAAAGCCAUGAUUCAAAUUCAAGAGCGGCUUCGGGAAUCUAUUUUGCUCGACAUUGCCAAGAACCCGAUCCCGUCCCUGGACGCGUUUGAUGUCGCUAUGAACAGUUGCUCCUACGUCGUCAUUCUGGACCAUCUCAACUUGUUCCUGCAAUCCCCCGAGUACGAAGCGUCCAAGUCGCGGCGUGUCGAGCCUGAAAUCCACGGUGUGAAGGACUACUUCGUCCCAGCGAAUGGUCUUCCCACCAUGCCCGUUCCUUCGCUCCCCGUGAUUGUCGGGGGAUCGGGGUCAAAGUAUUUUCGCAGCUUUCUGCGAGAACAAGGCGUCGAGUCCACGAUGGACUUUUUCUUGGAAAUCGAGCAGUUCAAGCUCUUGCCACAUAACAAGAAGGGCUACAUCGCUGCCAUCGCUGGCAAAAUCUUCAAAAAGUACAUUUGUCGUGGCGCCAAGCUCGAAGUGUACCUACCGUCACACAUUCGCCGCAACAUUCUCCAAGACAUUGCCGAUCCACAGGACAGCACGUUCAACGAAGCCAGCGAGUACGUGCUCGGCCUGUGGGAGCGCAAAUAUCUCAAGCCAUUUCGGGCGUCGUCCUGGUUCAACGACAUGCAUUUGCACUACACCCGCGAACAGAAAGCACUCGACGGGUCCGAGCGCCAACGAGGGGGGCAGCCUGCUGAGCGCGACGAGCCCAUCUCGCAGGCGGCGUUCCGGGACAUGCUGGCCCACGAAAACUCGGUGCAAAUGACGCAGUUCCACAAGUUCCUCGUCAAGGAGAGCUGUGCGUCGUACCUGUUAUUCUACAGCGAGAUAGAAGAAUUCAAGCGGUUGCCCAAGUCGGACUAUUUGACGCGGCAAGCCAAGAAGAUCUUUUACCGGUUCCUCGACUCGUCGGCAAAGGAGAGCGUGAGCUUGUCCAUGGCCACCAUCACCGAAUUCAAUGCGCACAUGGAGAAUCCAUCGCCCGCCAUGUUUCGAGCGGCCCAAGAAGAAGUGGUCAACUUUUUGUGGAAGGUGCUGUACCCGAAAUUUGUCAAGUCGCCGUUUUACUGCGACCUCGCGACGAUCAAAGAGAUCGAUCGCGCCAACAACAAGGCCGAGGGCAGUCGGGCGUCGAAAGGCGCGGGCAUGAUCCGCAAGGGCACCGUCGCGCCGUCCAUGCUUUCCAAGCGAGGGUCGGCCGAGAACCUGCUCGCGCCGACUGAAAUCACGAUCGCCACCAUCUUGGCCAACCACGACACACGGGCGAUGCUUCUUGCGUUUUGCGAAGAAAUCUACUGCGCCGAGAGUUUGUACUUUUGGCUCGAAUGCAACGAAUACAAGAGCAUCCCGCACGUCGACUACCUGCGCGUGCGGGCGCAAAAGAUUUUUCGCAAGUACAUCACAGACUCGGCCAAGCUCCAAGUCAACCUCGUCCAUUCGAUCGUGCGCGACAUUGAAAAGAACAUGGGGGCGCCGUCCCGAACCCUCUUUCUCAAGGCGCAAGAAGCGAUUGUGUUCAUGAUGGGCAAAGACACGUUGCCCAAAUUCAAGGCUUCCAAAUACUACGAUGCGUGCGUGCGAAUACUUGCCGACGCCGUCAGAUGAAGAGGACGAGAGAACAUAACGUGUGGUUGUGCUUAGAGCAACAACGUGUUAGGACAUUAGAACAGUAGAUAACGAACAUAAGCAUGUCGCGCCUGUUCGGGCAAUGACGGCAGUCACCAUGUCUUUCUGUCCGGACGACGUCGAUGGAUGGUACGGUG